AUGCCCAUGGCUGGCUUCGAACAUGCAACCAUCGGCACUGCGCACAGCCUUUUCCAGAAAUUUACAGCAAAUACAAUAACAGCAGUGGCAGCCGACCCUGCUCGGCGGUUUGUUUUCCUGGCUUUGGGUGGUGAGCUUGCCUUGCUGGCACUGGGAGCACAAGGUUUCAUUGCAGCCGGGCAGAUCGGCUUUGAGGAUGUCAUUGGCAACCCUGGUGGCAUUGCUUGGAGUGAAGAAGACGCACUCCUUCUAGCAGAUCGACGUGGGCAUGUGCUACGGAGGGUAGAUGUGUUGCUCACAGGCAGCAACGACAUUGUCGCCGGUACCGAUGGAGUGGGGGUCGAUGGAGGUGAUGGUGGUCUUUCCGUGACUUCCACUUUCUAUCGCCCAACGGGCUUAGCAGUGGCUCAACGUGUCGCCUAUGUCUCCACUGGGCAGCACCGUGUGCGACGGGUAGAGCUCACUCCCAAUGGAGGCAUCACAACAGAAAUCAACGUGGAUGGUGUCAAAGGCAUUUGGGGUGAUCGUGGUCCUGGUGUCGAAGCUGAGCUCAGCGAUCCUCAGAACCUGUUUGUCACAGAUGACGAAGCUCAGAUGAUAAGGCCUGCUACAGAGCGGCGGAAAGGCAUUCAACAGAUAGAGCUCGAAGUGGGACUUCUGAUAUGUGACCGUGAUGCAGAGCACUACACAGGUGGAUGCCGUGCGGUGGAUGUGAGGCGGGUGCUAGAUUUCUCGCCCAAACCUGGGUACGUGCCGUUCGCGGCAGAUCGUCUUCGUUGCCUGGCCGGUGAGCUUUGCGACUGGGGCGACUCAUACUGCGCGGGGGGAGCGGCACCUGCUCCUGCGCAACCGCCUCCUCAGGCAGGGCCUGGACGGGAGGUGAACGAGGCCGUCGAGAAGGAAGCGGUCCACGCGAAAGGUGAAGACAGCAAGGCAUCAGCUGCAAAGGGGGAAACAGCCAAGGCACCGAAGAAGGAAAAGGAAAAAGCCCAUCGAGAGCGCCGUGAAUCACGUCACCGAAGGGAGAGACGUGAUCGUUCAGAGGUUCCACCCAAGCACGAGGUCAGUGAGGACAGUGCAUUCAACUCGGAGGAGGCCGCACUCCGCACCACAGCACCCAAAGCUGCGUGUGGUGUGAAAGCUGAGGUCAAGGAACCAGUUGAGGAAGAAGAGGUUGAGGAGUUCGAGAAAGAAGAUAGCGAAGCUGCAGUGCCAGAAGGUGAGAGGACAGAGGAGAACGAAAGGGAGAGAGAGGAGGACCUCUCUCCUCGUUCGGACAGUGCCAGAGACAAGAAGAGAUCCCGGAGAACACGAUCGAGGUCACGGAAGAGGAGAAGAAGGCAAGAGGAGAGUGAUCGAAGGCAGCGAGGAGACAGUCGAGAGGACGAAAGAGAGGAGCUGGAACGGGCCCGGGAAGGCAAGAAGCUCAACGUGGAGGCUCUUUAUUGGGACAGGCCUGUCGAAGCAGCUGUAGAGCUGGUUGGCGUGGCACUCAAGGCAGGGCAGAUGGAGGUGUCGUUCAGAGUCAGUGGAACACCGGACGAACAGCUGCUCAAGUGGCUGACGGCCGAGGAAGAUCGCGUGCUUCGAGGACACCUUUGCGGCGCCGAUUGCACCAACAGUCCACAAAGCGAGGACCUGAUCCACGUCAAGCGGAUGAGGUUGCUGGAGGUAGACACUCCGGGUUGGGCCCACAACUUGAAGGAAGCGGCCGAAGCCGAAGUGUUGCGCAAGCUGGCAGCCGAAUCAGAUCGGAAAGCCAGAGAAGCAAAGGGCAAAGGAGUUGGCGCUCCUGCGGAAGAGGCCGCGAAGGGAGCAGAGACGUCAGGCAGUUCGAGCUCAUCGUCCUCCAGCAAAGAAAAGAAGAAGAAAAAGAAAAAGAAGAAGAGAGGAAAGAAAAAGAAGAAAAAGUCCAAGUCAUGGAAGGUGGAAGGCAAGAAGGAUCUCAAGCAGUUGUUCCAGUACACCGGCUUGGACCCCGACGCCACUAUUCGGCGAGCAGUCAUGAAGAAGGCCCGCAAGGCAAUGCGGACAAAGAAGGAGGAGUCAGACGAGGCUUCACACAGCAGCAGCGACGAGAGCAGGUCAGUGAGCAUGGUCGACGAGCUCUUCGAGGACUCCCACAAGAUUCGGAGAGCAGCAGUGCGAGGCCCAGGGGCCCUGUCGUGUCAGACCAUACAAAACAUGUCGAAGUACCUGCUCACAUCGCAAGGGCUACCAGUUGCCCCUCGAGAAGGAGCUCUUCCUGCAAUAUGUCUUCAAUACCACAGACAGGUAUUGGCGGGGCGACUCUCUCCUCCUCUAGCAAGGGAGAGCUUGAACAUUUGUUCGGCGGCAGACGCCAUCCUCGAAGGACAAGCAGCCCUAGGGUUGGACAUACUGCUUCAAAGACUCAAGUCGGUAGAAGCCUUGGGAGGAGGCACCUCCUGGGCGUCGGCCCAGAAGCUGGAGUUGACUCCUGCGGAAUCCUCCCAACUCGUCGAUCUCGAGGAGAGCCGGUCCGCAAACAGGGAGUUGAGGGAAGAGCUGAAGAACAAACAGGCCAGCCAGCGCAUAUGGUCAGGAGGGAAGAGCGACAACAAGGGAUCAGGAAAAGCAAAGGCCGAGGAGACCAAGGGCAAGGGCAAGAAGGACAAAGAUGAUGACAUUGUGGCUGAACUUCAGCGCAUUGACCAUGAGGUCAACGAUGGGACAAAGGGUGCAAGCAGCAUGAUGCCAGAUCUAUGCCUGGGUGAGGCGAACUAUGAUCACUCAGAAGCAGCCAUUUUGGCUGGUACAGUGCAUGAAGAGCGUGCCGGCUCGGAUUGCAAAACCCUACACACCGAGCUCGUUGAGCCCGCAGAAAAGGAGUUGAAGGGCCUGCGGUUUUCAGAUGUCGAGGUGGCUAGGUUUUUGGAGAAGAUACCACCUUUUGGUGAGCUUUCAUGGAAAGAGUUCCUCAAGGUGCGAAGCAUUGACUACAAAGGGGAAGAGGUGAAGACCGCACAACAGACGUCGUGGGCAAACAUCGCACCUGCACUCCCUCAAGAAGUAGGAAAGCUCCAGUACAAGCUUGUGAAACUGUCCUGGUUCGGAAGUUGGCAGGGCACCUGCGAUCCAGAUGUGAGAAGCAACUUCGACUUUGAAGCGUUUCAGAGCAGCGUCUUUUGGGAGGAACGAGUGGAAAGCUCAGAGGAACCAACAACGAAUACAAAGCAGGUGACUUGCCAGCGAGACUCCCGGAGUUGGUGGGAUGAUGCAAUGCCCUCCUUCGAGACAAAUCGUGAUUCACGGAACUUUGGCUGGUGUUUGGGCACCUUCGGAAUGCCAGCAGAAAUCCCCUGCAAUGCUUUGUUCAUGGAGUAUGGGCAAGCCUCAGCAACUAUGCGUCGCUGGUGCAAGUGCCGCCGUGAAUCUAUGUGCUAUUUGACAACUUCAACUACAAUACCACCACCGUUCAUUGCCACCAGCACCAGCACACGAACAUGGACCGGAGUGAGCAGCACUGCAACACACUUCUCCAGCACCACCCAAACUGUUACUGUGACAUUGACAACUCGGCCGCAGACUACCUCCCCCUCGCCCUACGUACAAGCAUGUCCGCAGGGCUAUGACCCUUUGUCAUCGCCUUUGCCAUUGACGGCGCCAAACAGCCAAAACAGUGCCAGAGAUUGUGCAGUCUUUUGCGAGGUUUCCGCUGGCUGUGUGGCCUUUGCAUUCGAUGCCACUGUGGGACUUUGCUCUUUACAUCAAAUGCCGAGUGGUGACUUCCCUUUGUCCACUGAUCCUGGCAGUGUGCACUACACGUGCUGCGUUCGAGAUGCAAGCAUGGUUGAUGUAUUGUUGGAGCUCCUCCUAGUGGAUUGGAUGCCAUCAAGUACACCACUACAUUUGCCAGGACCAAUGGCUUUAGACAACGCAAGGCAGCUGCUCUACUUCAGUGAUAUGGGAAAUCACAAGAUCAAAGUCUUUGAUCUAAACCGAAACCUGGUCAUGACGGCUGCUGGGAUCGGCGAGUCCUAUACGAAGUUCAGUGGAGACGGACAGCCUGCUCGGGAGGCCACGAUGGCAACGCCCAGAGGGUUGGCUUUGGACGAGGAGAACAGUCACCUCUAUUUGUCGGAUUCCGAGAAUCAUGUGAUCAGAAGAAUCAGGCUUGGAGAAAGUCGCUUGACUGGCAUCAUCGAGUCUGUUGCUGGCACCGCGGUGGGUGGUCUCGGACAAGAUGGAUUGGAUCCAUCUUUGACACGUUUUAACUACCCCUAUGGUCUGGCCCUCGAGAGAGAUGCUGCUGGUGUGAAGCUCUACGUGGCAGAUUCAGCAAACCACCAAGUAGUGUUGGUGGACUUGGCAUCAGCACCAAACAUUGUUCGCAAGAUCGCAGGAAAGCGUGACGGCAGCUUGGUUCCUACCGAAGUGGGUGACAAAGGACCUGCACUGGAAGCACAGGUUUUCCGCCCUCAGGCCAUGGCCUUUGCAAAUGGCACGAUGGAGGUGUUCUUUGCAGAGCCGGCAAUGGAACGUUUGAGACAGAUGGAUAUGACCUCUGGAAUCAUCGACACAGCUCUGGAGACCUAUGCUGUGAACUUUUCCAUCGGUGAAGGUCUUGCAGGGGUCAUACCGAUGGACUACGAUGCCGCCCUUAGUUUGCCCUAUGGUGUGGCUACCAUGGGCAACAUCUUGCUGACGGCCUCAUAUGGAACAGGUCAAGUGCGUCAGACAAAUCUCACCAGUGGCAUCACGACAGAUUUCGCUGGGAGGCGCAACGAAGGAUACUUUCCAGUGAGCUCCACCGGCGAUGGCGGCCCAGCAACCUUUGCGACCUUGGCGGGCCCAGUGGCAGUGACAGUGGACCAUGGACGCCAGGUUGUUUACAUCGCUGAAAGUGACAGCGGCCAGAUCCGGCAGGUGAACUUGUCGUCAGGCCUCAUAUCUACUCUACUUGCGUCUGUACCACCAGCCGGCGAGACACGCUCAUUGUAUAGUUUGUCACUGGAUCCUUUGCGUCAACUGCUGUAUGCUUCAUCACCUUCCGCCAUGGUGGUCUAUGGUUAUCGUCUUGAAAGUUCCGCGUGCGUGGCGCCAGUGUCCAUCAGCAAUGCUGCCAGCCCUGCGUGUGCAGAGGGCACAGAAGUCUAUGUCGACCAUUGCACUACACAGUGUGCGAAUGGUUACGAGCCGAAUGUGCCAUACUUGCAUUGCUCCUCGGGCGUCCUGACACCCAGCAGCUUCACCUGUUUUGAGGCACCCUGCCUUGCCCCUUGGGGCAUCGCUCAUUCAUCCUUGCCAUCCUGCAGCGAAGGUAUGGUUAUUGCAUCUGGUUCCAGGUGCACUGCCCAGUGCAACACGGGCGAACCUGAUGGCAACCUUACUUGCGACCGAGGUACCCUUCAGCCGACAACAUUCACUUGCGUGCAACCUACCACCUUGACAGUGACCGUGACGGGUGGCCAAUCAGUGAGUGGCGGUGGUACUGUGACGGCAGCCCCUGCUCCCAGCAUGGUGAAUAGUGGCAGUGUGUCAACGGUGAGCAACACUGAGCUGCAGGAAGGCAUUUUCGGAGAUAUCGUGUUUGAUCCAUCCAUAGCUCCGAGAAGCUCAGUGGCCCUGAACGGCUCUUUUACCUUUGAGGCACUUACUGCAGGCUUGACUCUGUCAGAGGUCUCAUUGCUUUGUGCGAGCGAGGCGCUUCAACAGCCCCUCAGAGAAGCGUUGGUGGAGAUGCUGAAGCUGCUGCCUGGUGACCUGCACCUCCUAGCUCUACUUCCGCAGCUGCCCACACAACGCCGCCUAGCGGAGAGCGCAACUCCAACGCAUGGCUUUAGUGUGGCCUUCACGGUACCGACACCACCCGUGUGGGCAGAGCUACGGUUCAAUGCUUUGCGCCUGGGCACCCCUGAGGCCAAGCAGGCAUGGUCAAAAUCUUUGGAGCAAGUGCACUUCAUCGAGGCCAUGCAAGAGAUCUCAAUGAACAGAAAUAGGCCUUGCCGGCUUCCACCUUCUCCGCCAGACGCGCCGCCAGUGCCGUGCCAGGAAGGUCAGGUGACUACAUCUUCUUUGGACCUUUGCUCCACAAAGUGCUUAACACCUCUUCUGCCAUCCACAGAUUCUCUUCGUUGCUUUGCGGGCUUCUGGAGCCCAUCCACCUUCAGCUGCCUUGAGGCUCAUGAAGAAGAACUCUCCUGCCCAGUACCAACAGGCAUACCGGAUGCAGCUGACCUACCUUGCCAAGGGAUUCAGGCGUCCAUAGCAUCAGGCAGCUUUUGCACACCUCAAUGCCGCGUGGGUUUGGAGUCUUCAGAGCCAGUGCUCGCCUGUAUUCGUGGAGACCUGCAGCCUAGCAGUUUUUCGUGCAUCAAUCCGGACUGUGUUGCACCAAACGUGUCGCAAGCGCAGCAGCCAAGUUGCCUUGAAGGCUUUGUGGUGCCAGCUACCAGGCAGUGCACAGCUGCUUGCUUGCCGGGUUUUCGUGCGACUGCAAAUUUAAGUUGCCUCUUGGGACAGCUGGUGCCAUCAAGAUUUCUAUGCACUGAUUCAGCUGUUGCAGAGUCUGAUAGCGCGGCUACUGACUUCUGGGGUAUUGGCGGCGGCAAUGGUGUGCUUAGUACGACUGGAACGUCAAGUGCCACAGAAAGCCCUGCCACCUUAAAUGCAACUGAGACGGAAAAAGAUAGUGCAAAUGAUUUUUGGGGCUUUGUGUCCGGGCAAACUUUCGUUCUGGUUGCUGCAUUCGCAGGAGGCAUCGUGGUGCUCUGUUUGCUUUGUUGUUUGUGGAUUGUCCUUCGUCGAUGGUGCCAAAGAAGCGCCGCUGCCAAGGAGGCCGCAACUUCUUGGGAGUCGACAGCGGAAGAGGUCUCACGUCAAAAUAGCGUGUUUGAUUCUCCUCCUUCCAAAUCACCUCGGAAGCGCAAAAGUUCUGGAGUGAGUCUGGACGAGGCCACGAAAGACGUUGCGAACAAUUGCUUGGAAGGCUCAUCAGACUCCAAUGAUGUGAAAGAGAUCUUGCGCAUGAUGGCUGGUGAACAGGAGGGUCCUGCUAAUCCAGAAGCGAAAGUUGAGGAUGGGCAGGACAUGGCAGAAACAUUGAGAGAUGUUGAGGCAUUGGAUGUGAACGAGGUGGAACCAGAGGAGGGAGACGAACCAGAGUUGCUUCGAUUGGCCAUUGAAGCGGCCGAAGAGGUAGAGAGGACACCGCAGGAUGCAGCUAGUGCAGCAAGGAAGAAGGAUGCUGUCUUUGAAGCCAUGGACCGAGAUAUUGGCGUGGCCUCUUCAGAGCAUCGAGCACGACAGGCAGUGGCUGCAGCAGCACAUGCUGCCCAGGCUUCCCCAAGCUCGCAUUUCACAAGUCCAAACUUGGAGCCAUUGUCACCACUCACUCGGCCUGCGCCGCCUCCACGAAGGCGGUGUUGCAGCACCAGGGCUGUACAGGAAGCGAUUGAACAGCUGCAGCGCUUUGCAGAGAAGUACAAGGUGAGAGAGGUCGGCUUGUGGGCGUUGGGCCUGGCUUCUUUGAUUUUUCUCCUCACUGCAGUCACCGGUCCAGAGCCACAGCCUUUUGCUGCGGUGCUCGCAUCUCUACUGGGCUGGUUGACCAUCUACACCUAUAUGCUGCAGGCGGAGUGCCACCGGCUUACAACAACGCUCCAAAGCAUUCAGAACAGAGGUGUAGAUCGAUGGGACGUUGAGAGGGUUGAUGCGGAGAUGUCCCACAUUUGUAGCGCGUACGAGCUUCUACGACCUGGUGGAUCCCAAAGAGCUGUGCAGUCUGUACUGACAGCGAGCUUGGCCCAUGACUAUUUGCGCUUGCAGUCUGCUUUGCGUGUCUACGCUGAGAGAUAUGGACCAAUCGCUGAGGUAGGAUUGCAUUGGAACUUGGACAAGACCUUGGUGGCAUCAGUGGCACAGGCUCCGGAUGUGCACAGCCAUGGUGACGGAGAAACGUCCGCAGCUUCUCAAGUGGGAGAGCUGCCAAAUGUUCAUGCCAACAGCCUUCGAGAUGUGAGCAUUGAGUCACCCGCACCUGGACCAGCACCAAGCCUCAAUGGGCCAAGUGCGCCUUCGCAGAGUGUGGCAGAGACGAUUUCCAAGACCAUCGCCAGUAUCGAGGAUUCCAUGAAUCUGCCGUCGUGGUUGAAGCAGAUCCGGCAUUGA